ACUUGCUUGAACUCCGUCUUCGCCCAUUACACAUUCGAACCCCGGACUGAAGGUGGACACUCCAUGGAUGACUUUGAAAACUUUGAGUUUAUUGACUAUACCACCUCGGGUCCCUGGGAACGGUUCAUCACCCAGAUUGAGGACAGUCUUCGCUCAUGGGGCCUUGUAGACAGGAACCUGGGCGUAUUCGACCCCGCCACCAUAACAGCUACCGAGGCAGCAAAAGCAGCAGCACAGUCGGGUGAACCAGCUCAUGGAGCCAACGGCAACGAACCAACAGAUCGUGGUCAGGAGAACCAUAUCCGUGUCGACAGCAAUUCACCGGACGACGGUAGCAGUGCGACCAAGGCCUAUCAGCUUCGCGAAAUGUUGAGCCUCGACGACGCGACCUAUGCACUCACGUACCAUUACCAUCCAGCCAAGGCCAGGGCUGCUGCAGGAGUCGAGAGGAUCGAUAUGGACUUCUUGCCGACAUUGUUGGAGGGCGUGCAACACCACAGUCUUCACCGUUGGACGUCUUUGACGCACAUCCUCAUCAUUUCCCCUGUUACGAUCUCAGACAUCUUCGCCUCCACGAUUUCGUCCUCCUCUGCAACAUCUGCGAUCAUCGAUCUGAGUAGCGCCAAACUUCUGCUAUCAUCGUUUGCAAUCGCGUUUCAGAAUACGGGCUGCAAUAUUCCUGUGUUUGUCCCGACUGGACAGCCCUGGAAUCUGACGUUUAUGGGCCUCAUGAUUCAGCCACGGACACCGGUGCCAUCUCCAGCGUCAGGAGCAAGCGGAUCCGACCAUGAUUUCGAAGACGAUGAAAGCCAAGGACACGAAGUGAGGUUUAAUACGACCCUUGUCCCGUAUCCACCUGUGCAAUAUACCGAUCUUUCCGGGAUCAUGAAUUUCUUCAUCGAGCGAAUGGGCCUUGAGGGGCAGGAUUUAAACUCAUCAGAGAACCUUAGUCAAAGCUCAAAGGAGCAGAUCUUUGCGACAGCUUUGUUCUCUUACGAUCUGGUGAACUGGUAUGACGAGGACUGGCGGCGGUGGAAACAGGCAGGCGACGGCGGAACAGGUGGGGCAAGACGAACCGACGGCGAUGCAGAUACGACCUUUCAAAUGAACAAUGAGCCGACCAUGAACACGCCCGAUGCAAGCAUGAACAUGGAUGAUAUCAAGGCCGAGGGCGGUGUGUUUUCCACACUGCCAUUCCCCAUAUUGCCGUUUGGACCUGUGCAGGACCCAUUGCAAUCACUGCGGCUCUUUGCGAGGUUCGAUACCGCGCCAAGCAACAUCUAUCUCGACAGCAAGGGCACUGCAGACAUGGAUGCGACCCACGCAAAUACCUGGAUUCUUCAGGCGGCCUUCAAGGAGGACGACUAUGGCAUCCUCAGUGACAUUUUGGAAGACGCAAUCGCAUCAUGGAGCUCAGAAACAGCCAACAAGAGGAAGAUUCGCAGGUCUGGUAAGGAUCAAACAUAUGAGUCGUUGCUGAACAAGGGCGCCAGACUGAUACAAGGAACGGUCACCAUGGUUGAUACUGUCGACGUGGAAAAUAUUUUGGACGCGCUUCUGGGAUCGUUUACGACACAGACCCCGAACCCCUCAGCACUCGCGCCAGAGGAGAGAUCGGAGAGAUGCAUUCGUCUUACCCCAGCAUCGGAGUUAGGCUUACACUUCAAACAUGCCACCACUGUCCCAUAUAACUCGUUCCUGUGGAGGAUGACCCAGUACCUGCUUGACGUUAUUUCGCCCAACUCUGAAAUAUCAUAUGCGACAUCGAUCAUGGGGUUCAUGAAGGUACUUUGGUCGGAACUACUAAAGCAGUUCUAUACGCGAUGGGAGAACAGCGAGUUGAUUCCUAUGGUCGACAUAUACGGGGAAGGCUACGCCGGUGUGCCGAAUUCGGCUAGAGAUUCGAGUUACGAUAGGAACAAAAAACCCGUGGCGAUCGACCUGCGGUUCAGUUUACUCCAUCAAAAGCUGUCGAUGCUAAACUGCUGCAUCGCGCGACAAAUCUCUCGCAACAAGGAGGCACCCGAAGAUGUCUACCCAUUACCGAAGCGUCGCAGGGAGAUGUCCAAGGAGCUGGCACGAGAUAGUACAUUGCCGCAGAACGCCUCGACGGGACCUGAACCAGUUUAUGGCGGGCGUACUGCCCAGUUGCAGAGUUUGCUGCACGGACUCUCGGACAUCUCCCGACCGCGAUCUGCAGAUGUCGUACCGAUGGCGAAGCGAUUCUUGGAAACAGUUAAGAAUCGAGGUAUUACGCCUCAGCAAGGAGCUACAGCAUCGUUAUCGACAGCAUCGACGACAUCACCAUCCGCAGGGGAUCCUACUUCUCACGCUGUGUCCAGGACGGAACCAUCGUCACCCACAGCAGCGAUGCCUAUACCCAAGAUGGAGACGUUCCGGAGGAGACGGAGCAGUAGUCGCCACACUACGGAACAACUUAUCGGUGGUAGCGACGAUGACGAGGACGAAGUGUUUUAUGACUCCAUGGAGACAAACGGAUCGGUUGCUAGUCCAUAUGAUAUGCUGCGGCGAGGACACUCUUUGACAGAGUCGUUUGUGGCACUUAAAUACUCAUCAAGUGCUGAUUCUCAGUCUGAAGUGCUUGUCAACGAUCUGGACCAAUCCUCUGUGGAUUUAAGCGGACCGGAUCCUCGAGAGGUCGCAGACGAAUCCAAGAGCGAGGGAGGCGUCAUGCCAUUAAAGAACCUGAAACUUCUCAAGACUGGGGCGCCUCUAUUGAUCCCCAAACUCCAGGAACCAGGAUAUAUGACAGAAGACAUGAUCCAGGUACAGGAGGAACUCUUUGAGACGCUUGGGUCAUCCUCGGACGGUGCGAAAAUGCGGGCUAAGAUGCAGUCGACGCAACUUAUCUCUGAUAUGGAGGCAUUCAAAGCAGCAAACCCAGGAUGUGUACUAGGCGACUUUAUUCGAUGGCAUUCGCCCAAGGACUGGGCUGAAGAUAAGGGCGAGAUGAGUGCACGCAUGGCCGACGCCGGCAAUUACUGGCAAGAACUAUGGGCUCAUGCCAAGAGAGUUCCAGUCAGCCGACAAACACCACUUUUUAAUUAUAACCGGGAGGCUGCCAAAGUCCUUUUUUACUUGGAGGGCAUUUCCCCCGACCAGCUCUUCCUCCAGUUGCUUCCUACAAUGUGCCUGAUUGCCUAUGAUACCCUCGUUUCCCAUCCUAUCACCUUGCAUAUCCGCCAGGUUGCUCAGAGUCUUGACGAAUUGAGUCGUGAAUUAAAGAGGUUCGCGUGGAAUGAGCUUACAGGAGACCAAAACUUGAACUUGGAAGUGAUCACUGAGAAGUUCCGAGAGACUGAGCUUUUGAUGGGCCGAGCAAUCGCGCUUGUGAGAAAGUUCCCGGAGCAGUACGGCCUUGUGGAAAGGAUCCUGGAGGUACAAGAGGCCGUCGUAGAGGAUGGUGUAGAGCGCGAGUGCGUUAACGAUCUGUUUUCCAUUGGAGGAUCACUGCAAUCGUCGUUUCCUCAGCCAACCUCGCGCGAGUUCGUCCUCGAGGCCUAUGAUCCUGUUAAUACUUCGCAGGCUGCGUCCCCGUCCGUGUUGUCUCUCUGGUAUGCAAGACCGCUCCAGCGGCGCAUGUAUGCUGGGUUUAAGGAAUCGGAGGUUAGGAUUGUGGAGACCGUUGCCAAAGACAGCCUAUACAUGUAAAUAUCUUAUGCCACAAUUGCUAUGCAACAAACAAUAAAAUGAAAAUGGUACGCAUUCGUGACUCG